AUGGAUCCUAAUGUUGGUUUCUACUGGGCGCAGGCGAUCGGUAUAUCAGGUGCAGCAUGGCUAUCUGGAAAUAUCGCGAGUUUGAGCACGAUCACAACACCAACACUUCUUCAAUACGACAAAGAAACAAACCAAUCUCCAAGGCUACUUGCGCAACAAUGGAAAUCCCUCUUUGAAACCGGCAAAGCCCAAAACCCUCCCAUUGCAGCCACCGUGGCUGCCUCGUUUCUCUACCUUGCCUGGUCCGUUGGACAGGGAGCUGCUCUGUAUAAGAAUGUAGUAUAUAAUCGCGUUGCACUCUACCUCGCCGCAGCUGCUCUCACAGUCGGCAUUGUUCCAUUUACAAUCAUCACCAUGUCUGGAACGAAUAAGCUUCUCUUACAAAAAGCGCAAUCAACAUCGGAGUCCGAUCGAGAAGUCCCUGGUUUGGUUAAGCAAUGGACUGGACUCAACUUUGCAAGAAGCUUGUUACCCCUGGCUGGGGCUGCAUGUGGGAUUAUCGCUGCCAUCUCUUGA